GAAGGAGACCAGAGUGGGUCAGAAGACUCAGAAGCACACGUUGAUUGUAGGCAACACCAUGUGCUCACAUGUCACAUGCCACUCUUCUUAUUCAUUCAUUUCAUUUCUUACCCCCUCCCCUCCCCUUUGCUCUCCUUCCUCCUCCUCCACAGCCCCCCUCUCUCUCUCAUAGUCACAGUCAAUACUCAUCAUUUCCUAGUCAAAACACAAAACAAAACGGAACCCAACUCGUUCAAUUUCUGAGCUUCUGAGGGUGAAAAAACCAGAAGCUGAAGCAAGAAAAAAAUGAAGGAAAGCUCAGAUGGGUUUGUGAGGGCAGAUCAGAUUGAUCUGAAGAGCUUGGAUGAGCAGCUGGAAAGGCAUCUCAACAGGGUCUUGACUUUGGAGAAGAACAAGAUCAUGAGAGACCCUGAAACCAAUUCCAACAGCAUCCACCUCACCACUACCUCCAACUCCAAUUCAACCGCUACCACAACCCCCACGACCACCACCUCCACUUCCUCCAUGACCCUCUCCAUCCCCAGGCGCCACCGCCAGGAGUGGGAGAUCGACCCCUCCAAGCUCCUCAUCAAGUCUGUCAUUGCUCGUGGCACCUUCGGCACCGUCCACCGUGGCAUCUACGACGGUCAAGAUGUCGCCGUUAAAUUGCUUGACUGGGGUGAAGAGGGUCACAGGACAGACUCCGAGAUUGCUUCUCUAAGGGCAGCUUUUACUCAAGAAGUUGCUGUCUGGCAUAAACUAGAUCAUCCUAAUGUUACUAAGUUUAUUGGGGCAACAAUGGGUUCAUCAGAUCUACAAAUACAGACAGAAAAUGGUCAAAUUGGCAUGCCAACAAAUAUCUGUUGUGUCGUUGUAGAAUAUCUUCCUGGGGGUGCUCUAAAAUCGUACCUCAUAAAGAAUAGGAGAAGGAAGUUAGCUUUUAAAGUCGUUGUCCAGCUGGCACUAGAUCUUGCUAGAGGGUUGAGCUACUUACACUCACAGAAGAUUGUCCACAGAGAUGUAAAGACAGAGAACAUGCUUCUGGACAAGACUCGUGCGGUCAAGAUUGCUGAUUUUGGUGUUGCUCGUGUUGAAGCUUCAAAUCCCAAUGACAUGACUGGGGAGACUGGCACACUAGGUUACAUGGCUCCUGAGGUCCUCAAUGGCAACCCGUAUAACAGGAAAUGUGAUGUGUACAGUUUCGGCAUCUGUUUAUGGGAAAUAUAUUGCUGUGAUAUGCCAUAUCCUGACCUUAGUUUCUCGGAAGUGACUUCAGCUGUGGUUCGCCAGAAUUUGAGACCGGAGAUACCAAGAUGUUGUCCAAGUGCGCUUGCAAACGUAAUGAAGCGAUGCUGGGAUGCGAAUCCAGACAAGCGGCCUGAGAUGGAUGAGGUAGUCACAAUGUUGGAGGCGAUCGACACAUCGAAAGGCGGAGGUAUGAUCCCUCAAGAUCAGUCUCAGGGCUGUCUUUGCUUUCGAAAGAAAAGAGGACCGUGAAGAUUUAUUCAUUGAAAGACCAAUUGGGAUAUGAUUGUUUUUAAGAUCAAAAGAGUCCAAUUUGUACUUAAGAUAGCAAACAGAAGAAAAGAUAUCUGGAAAAUCAAAAGGAGAUGAACAGAAAGGUGGUGGAAGGUAAUGGCUUCCGGGUAUACAUUGACGAGCAAUGCUAUUUCUCUUAUUAUCUUGGAGGAUGUAAAGCUUUUAUUUAAUAUUGUUCCCAUUUUUUUUUCCUUUUCCUUAAACGAAUGUGUAUUAAUUUGACUGGCACUACCAGCUUCUUGUAAGAUCCAUUAUAUACUAGUUAUAUUGUCAUGAAUUUAUGAUUAAAUUAACCAUAUUUCUGUAUC